AUGCGGGAGGCGAAGCUGGAGCCCAGCUCCACGGUCAGCUACAGCGCUGGGAUCAGCGCGUGCGAGAAGGGUGAGCAGUGGCAGCGGGCUCUGGCGCUGCUGAGCGAGAUGUGGGAGGCGAAGCUGGAGCCCGACGUCAUCUCCUACAGCGCUGGGAUCAGCGCGUGCGAGAAGGGCGAGCAGUGGCAGCGGGCUCUGGCGCUGCUGAGCGAGAUGCGACAGGCGAAGAUGGAACCCAACUCAGCUACAGCGCUGGGAUCAGCGCGUGCGAGAAGGGCGAGCAGUGGCAGCGGGCUCUGCUACAACGCUGGGAUCAGCGCGUCCGGGAAGGGCGAGCAGUGGGCGCGGGCUCUGGCGCUUCUGAGCGAGCUGCGGGAGGCGAAACUGGAGCCUAACGUCAUCUACUGCAACGCAGGGAUCAGCGCGUGCGAGAAGGGCGAGCAGUGGCAGCGGGCUCUGGCGCUGCUCAGCGAGAUGUGGGAGGUGACGCUGGAGUCCAGCGUCACCAGCUACAACGCUGGGAUCAGCGCGUGCGGGAAGGGCGAGCAGUGGCCGCGGGCUCUGGGGCUGCUCAGCGAGAUGCGGGAGGCCAAGCUGAAGCCCGACGGCAUCUUCAGCUACAACGCUGUGAUUUGCGCUUGUGAGAGAUGCGGCCAGUGGCAGCAGGCGUUGUCGCAGCUUGGCGAGAUGAGGGAGAGCAAUUUGGAGCCGAACGGAAAAGGUUUCAACUUCGCCGUUACAGCGUGCGAGAGGUCGUCUCGAGAUUCGGCAGGAUUCCCAGGCUAUCUUCAGAUCGGGCUUUUGCGUUUUCGCGUGUCUUGCGAAGCUCUGUUUGUGUGGGACCCUACUGGGCACACAUUGUGA